AUGGGACGGCAAGAAAUGCCAGAAUGGAUAACCACGGGAAAAACGUAUUUGCUGCCAAAAAAAUCAGGAGCUAUGGAACCGAAAGAUUUUCGGCCAAUUACCUGUUUGCCCACAAUGUAUAAAAUAAUAACAGCUAUUAUUGCUGAAAAGAUUUAUGGGCAUUUAAGAAAAAAUAACAUUUUUCCUCCUGAACAAUAUGGAUGCAGGAAAGGGUCUUACGGCUGCAAGGAGGUUUUAUUAAUAAAUAAAUUGAUCAUGGCCAGUGCAAAACAAAAGAGGAAGAAUUUAAGCAUGGCAUGGAUUGACUAUCAAAAGGCCUUUGAUAGUGUGCCUCACGAAUGGAUUAUUGAGGCAUUGAAAAUAUAUAAAGUAGACCCUAAAAUUACAGCGUUCUGCGAGAAGAGUAUGAAAAAUUGGUGCACCCAGCUGGAAGUGCAAAAAUACUCUUCUAGAAAAAUAUUUAUAAAAAGAGGGAUUUUUCAGGGAGAUUCAUUGUCGCCACUUUUAUUUUGCAUGUCUUUAAUUCCUCUAUCCAGACAGCUUAAUAUCAAGGAUCAAGGAUAUGAGUUGGUACCGGGAGGCAGGAAAAUCACCCAUAUGUUAUACAUGGAUGACUUAAAACUUUAUGCCAAAAAUGAAGAGGAGUUAAAUAAAAUGUUACGGACGGUUCAAACCUUUUCCUCUGACAUCAACAUGAAAUUUGGUUUGGAAAAAUGUGCAAAAGUUAAUAUUGUCAGAGGAAAGUUAAAACAAAAGCAAAAUAUAGAAGACUCCGAAGAAGAACUUAUUAAAGAAUUGGACCCUGGAUCAUCAUACAAAUAUCUGGGGAUUGAAGAAAAUUUUGGGAUAGCCAACAAGGAAAUUAAACCUCGAUUGAAGAGAGAAUAUUUUAAAAGAUUGAGGCUUAUAUUACAGUCGGAACUGAAUGGAAGAAAUAAGAUAACCGCCGUCGGCACAUUAGCAGUUCCUGUAAUAGAAUAUAGUUUUGGCCUCGUAGACUGGACGAAAGAAGAAAUCACGCACCUAGAUAGAAGGACAAGAAAAAUAUUAACCAUGAAUGGUGCGUUACAUCCAAAGGCUGAUGUGGAUAGAUUGUACGUCAGCAGGAAAGAUGGAGGAAGAGGAUUAAGACAAAUAGAAGCGGCACACCAGAAUGCCAUUAUUGUGUUAUGUUCGGUUCGUUCUUUAUUUUGUAAGUAA